ACGUGACGUGCUAACCCCUCCGUUAGCAUUAGCUCCCUCCUCCAGACACACCGGGUUGUAGCUGAGCUGCUGUCCCCAACAUGUUCAGAGCCGCCGUCCGACUUUCGCUCUCCGGGGUCCGGAGUUUAACCCGCACGCAACCGGGCUGCCAAGCUCCCUUGGCCUCAAGGUGCUACUCGCAUGGGAAGCAGGAGACCGAUGAGGAGUUUGACGCUCGCUGGGUCACUUAUUUCAACAAACCAGACAUUGAUGCAUGGGAGCUGAGAAAAGGGAUGAACACAUUGAUUGGGUACGAUUUGGUGCCGGAGCCAAAGAUCCUGGAGGCUGCUCUGAGAGCCUGCAGGAGGUUAGACGACUUGGCCAGCGCCGUCCGAAUUUUGGAAGCUGUGAAGGAUAAAGCCGGCCCUCAUAAAGAUAUCUACCCGUACCUCAUCCAGGAGCUGCGGCCGACAUUAGACGAGCUGGGCAUCUCCACACCUGAGGAGCUCGGCAUUGAUAAAGUCUAGCCGCAGAGGUCUAACCACGGUUGAUACAUCCAAGACAUCCAACCCUUGUACCUAAAUGUUUGCCUCCUUUAAUGCAUAUGAUAUUUAAUUUGGCCUUUAUUAAGUUCUUUUGCUUGUAAGAUAUUGAUGAACAUAAUAAAGGAAAAUGUUAUCUUUUUGAGUGUCACAUGUAUACUGGAAUAUUUUUGAUAGUUUUGAGUUCUCCUUGAAACAUUUCAAGCCGCUUUAACAGAGGGCAGGGUCAUCGAAUGGUGCAUGUUGUCACAAUGUGAAUGGAGUCACAUUUGGCCACCAGGGAGCAGCAUUUUCACUUGAAUGUAAAAAUCAUUCUACUGUAAUAAUUUGCUUUUCACCUGUUUUAUUUGAGGAGAAUAUAUGUGACGUUAACAAUAAAUUUGUCCAAAUGACAGAAGUGUAUAGUCAU